UGCUGUACAUUCACAUGGUGAUGAUAGGAAGAGUGAGAGACAGAGGAGGUGGGAGACAGAUAGUUUAGUAGAGAUCGAGAGACAGAGUGUGACAGGCGGCGCUCCGGGGUGAAUCUCUGAAGCUGAAGCACAAACGGUGCAGUCAUUUUUUUUCCUCGCCAGUAAGUCAGUCAGUCGGUCAGUCAGUCGGUCGGUCGGUCAGUCAGUUGGUCGGUCAGCUGAAAGACUCCGAAGAGACUGGCCUGUUUUUUUGCAGCGGCUAAAAAGACUGAAAAAGGACAGGAGGAGGAAAAAGGGAUUCGAGUAUUCCCUACUGUGAGACUGGUGGGAUUUGGUGAGGAACGGUUGCCGGGGUUCAGAGCUCGGCUCGGCAGGCAGUAUGCUGCAGACUAUUUAUGAGAGCGAGUCCCGCAUCCCUGCUGAGUGGCUCAGGAACCUCCUGGAUACACACAGCAUCUCCAGCAGUGUGAUUGGCUCAGGAUCAGAGCUGUUGUCCCCGGUGGGCAGGUCUGAGGUCAGUAUGCCGGAGUGGGAGCGAGACUCAGAUGAAUGGGAGAGGCAGCUCCAGAGGGAACUCCUGCUGAUCCAGAGGCAGCAGCAGAUCCAGAAGCAGUUGCUCAUUGCCGAGUUUCAGAAACAGCAUCAGGCAUUACUGCGACAGCACCAGGCUCAGCUACAGGAGCACAUCAAGCUCCAGCAGGCUUUGUUGACCCUCCGACAGCAGCAGGAGGCUCUCGCUGAGGAGCGCACUCCUGAAAUCGAGAUAGAUGAGGAUAUUGAGGAGGUGCAGGGGGAGGAACUGGAGCGCCACAGGAGAGAGCAACCUCAACACUCACACCUCAACCUCAGGAAGAAGGAGCGCAGCAAAGAGAGCCCGGAUCUUUUUCCUUCAGGUGCUAUGGCCAGCACUGAGGUGCGACAAAAACUGCACGACUUCCUGCUGAAUAAAUCAACGAAAGACAUGCCUGCGCCCGGUCACCCGCUCAACCAGCGUGCCAAACUCUGGUACAUCACCAGCCAGCACAUGUCCAUGGAGCAGAAGUCUCCUCCUUUAGGAGAGACGCCUCCUAUGUUCAAAUCCCCUCUGCCCUCUGGCCUGGAUACCAGGGAGGAGGACUUCCCCCUCAGGAAGACGGCAUCGGAGCCUAAUCUGAAGGUGCGCUCACGGCUGAAGCAGAAGGUUUCCGAGAGGAGGAGCGGCCCGAUCCAGCGCCGCAGAGACGGCAGUGUGCUCGUCACGCCUCCUAAGAAACGUCCGCUGGAGCUCAGUGACUCCUCAGCCAAUGACAGCUCUCCCAGCUCUGGACCCAGCUCUCCCAUUGGCUUAUGCGGCAAUGAGAACGGCAUAAGUUUCCAGGCCAGCUCCGCCCAAAUCGAGAAGUAUUUGCCACAAGGAGGAAUUCUGAAAGCAGACGGCUCUCUCGCUCUGUUAAACCUCUACACGUCACCUUCCCUUCCCAACCUCACCUUAGGUCUCCACUCUGGGCCUUCGCCAAUCAGUCCUGCUUCAUCAGUAAAGGAGCGAACAGGUGAAUCAAGCUCAGUAGCUCGGGAGCCGAAGGUGAACACCAGCCAUCAGGCUCUGCUGCAGCACCUGUUACUGAAAGAGCAGACCAGGCAGCAGAAGAUACUCUCAUCUGGCAGUGUCUCGGUUCUCCCUCAGUCUCCUCUGGUGAUGAAGGAGCGCUCAGGAGCAGGCUCUCGUCCCAGGCUUCCCCGGCACCGGCCCCUGAACCGGACCCAGUCAGCGCCGCUUCCCCAGAGCACGCUGGCUCAACUCGUCCUCCAGCAGCAGCACCACAACUUUGUGGAGAAACAGAAGCAAUACCACCAGCAGGUCCACAUCAACCAGGUGCUAUCACAGUCCAUCGAGCAGCUGAGGAACCCCACCGCUCACCUGGAGGAGGACGAGGAGGCGAGAGCACCGGAGCUCACGCUGCCCCCUGCUGGAGUCAUCCGGAGCCACAGCAGCAGCAGCAGCAACAUUCACUUAGAGAGCAGCGUCCAGAGCGAGACCCCCAGCGCCCCGGCCAGUGUGAUCAGGGUGAAAGAAGAGCCGCUGGAUCCUGAGAGCAGGAUGGAGGAAGGAGGAAGAGGAGGAGGAGUAGCAGGAAGAAGGGAUGAACGAAAAGAAAGAGGAGAGGAGCCGAUGACGGAGGUCAAGUCUGAACAGAACGUAGAGAACAUGACCGAGACGGACGUCUGAGAAAGAGGAGAAGAUGAACGAGAGAGAGUCAGAGAGAAGGAUCGAAAGAGAGAAUGAGUACAAUCAAACGCUUCAUAGGAGGAAUGAAGAAGAAGAGAAAGAGAAAUGAGUGCAGCACCUUGUCGUUUCCUCACACUUCUCAUCACGUCAUUUUGUCUUUUCAUUCUUUCCCUAUUGAGCUUAUGGAGAAAAUGACCACUGACAGCGUUAUCUCAGGCAAUGGCAAUGGUUAUGAAUGUAAUAAUACAGGUGAGAUCAGCAAAGUGACAGAUUGUAAAGAAGGAUAGCGUUUAACAUUGCGAAAAUAACAUAUACAUAAAACAUGAUGUUAAAAAUGUACUUAUAGGGUCAUUCAGCCAAACACUUUGGCAACAUUAGUGCUAAUGUUUUUCUUGCUAAUGUUGGAUAUAUAAAUAUAUAUAUAUGCAAAUAUUUCAGCAGUGAAAUGUAUUACGAUGAAUACUAGCUUUUGCGCUCUUGCUGUUCCAAAAAAAACAAAGAAACAAAAAUAAAAACAAACAAAAAAAACAAACCUGAGACAUUAUAAACAAUUAGAAAAACAUCACUUACAGACAAAAGUCCAUACUGUGUAGGUAAUGCAUAUCCUCUAGUUAACUGCAAAUGUAAAGGGAAUUUCAUUAUUCCGUAAGAUCCGGUCUGGGAAUGUUUGUGUCACAAAUGUCGUGAAGCUACGAUCGCAAGGACUUGAGAUCAGCUUGGUGAAGGCCAUAGCAUAUGAUUUACAAUAUCAUCAUCAUCAUCAUCAUCAAACCAUUCAGUGAGUCGGCAUGUCCUGUGGAUGUGGGGCGGAGUCAACCUGGAAGAGACCACGCCCACUGGGAUAGAAACGAAGCAGGAAGAACUUUGUACUGAUGUAUAGCAAGGGGACAAGUGGAGCCAAGGCAUGGCACUGGAAAUAAAGAAAUUCCCUCAGAGCAUAUCAGAGCCGGAGGAUGGAGCUUGAUUCGAGGGGAAGUGUGAAGAGGAAGAGAGUGUGCCAAGCUGUUAUUAUAGACUUUUGGAUGUGAGCUGACAGCCUUAAUUAGCCAUCCAUGUGACUGAGGAAACAUUUCGUAUGACUGUUCAGUUUGCUUCUAUUUGCUGACACAUGUCCAAAAAAAGUUAGCAGCCCAUUAAAAAUGAUUGACUGUUUGCUGGAUUGGGAGUGUAACUUUUGCACGUUGCCUUGUGUUGAUGAUCAGCAGAGAACGUCGCGAUUGUGACAGAUAGCAGAAUGUCCUAACAUAACAGUUUCAUCAGAUCUGGAGAAAAUGGGUAAGGAGAAAGUUCAGAACCUCCUGAAAACACUGAAAAAAUUCAGAACUUGGGACGGUGGAUAUAUCAUCUUACUGUGAUCUCUCUUUCUCUCUCUUUCUUUCUCUGAGAACUGACACACACACACACACACACGACAGUCUGCCACUGAUUUCUGCUGUUGUGUUUCUCUCUUUCAUAUGUAUAUUGUUGUGCAUAACAUAGAAAAGUCAUGACCUCCCUCCAAAAACAUUGUUUUUACCAGCCGGAGGAUUCUCAGUGUCUGUGUAAAAAUCCUCUGAUAGCGAGCUUUUCUGUUUUCUUUUUUUUCCUUUUCCGUUUGUAAAUGUACAUACAGUAUAAGACCUGGGAUGAGUGUUCUUUUGUUCGCAUUUUGCCGAUCUUAAUUUAGUCCCCUGUGCUGUUGAAGAUGUCGUGUGCAUUCUGCCACGUCGGCCUUUCGAGUCAGCUGCCAAACCUGCAAGUUCCUUUGAGUGUUCUUUCUUAUAUUUUACACAAUGUGCAGUUUAUUCAUCUAAACACUGGGACUAUUUGUUGAAAAAUUGUACAUUUUACGUUUUUUAUUAUCAUUAUUAUUAUUAUUAUUAUUAUUAUUAUUAUUAUUCUGUGUAGUUUAAUUAAACUGAUCUCCUCCAUCUGACGAUUGGUGUGUACAUGUGUGAAGCAUAUGAGGAAUGACCAUCUGGCUCGAGUUCUUGGAAUAAAAAAGGCUUUGGUGCUUGUAA